AUGCUCUCCCGCUGCACAGACACAAAGUGGAGGGAAGAACAAAUUCGAAGGCCCUAAUUCCCGAGUGAAGCCACGAUGCCCAGGAGGCGCCUUCGACUGAGCUGUUCUUCCGAUGAAGACCACGAAAACGAAGACUUCGAACAUGAUCCUCAGUGCCCAGAUUCCUCCACCACCUCUCUUCAGCCUCCCAUUAUCGACAAUCUUAACUCUCAUUUUAAUCCCAACGUUUCUGAGCCCGUCCAACUUUCCGACGACGACGACGAACAAGAUUUUAUCGAUGUCUCCGAACAUCUCUCGCCUCCCUCUCCGGACUCUGAUCAUUCUCUCCGUCACUCGCCUGAGCCGAAUCCUCAUGUCGCUUCCCGCGAGCCGUCGUGUCCUGUGAGUGAGUUCCUUCGGGGACUUGGUUUAAGCUUGAAGAGAGAGUGGCUGGAUGCCUGUAUCCGUGCCCAUCAUGGGUCUGUACCGGGUUUUUUGAGCCUCAACCCAGCAGAGAAAGGAAAGCUGUGUUUUGAGCAGUUUUUGGUUUCUGAUAUGAAUUACGCGGGUGCUGGUGUCCUGCCCGAAAAUGUUGAUUCUAUGCAUCUCGUUGAUCUCCCUGGUCCAUACGUACUGCAGGUCGAUGAGAUAGUUAACAUCAGUUGUCCUCUAAAGGGUAGAUAUCAGACUGCCCCUGCGAGUAUUAAGAGGUGCCUUAAGCUGUCUAUGACGGAUGGUGUUCAGCGAGUUUUUGGCAUGGAAUACAGGCCUAUUAAGGGUCUUGAAGUUUUAGCACCUGCUGGGUUGAAGGUAGUGAUCUGCAAUGUAAGUGUACGGCGUGGGGUUCUAAUGCUAGUUCCUGAAGCUUUUGAGGUUCUAGGAGGUCUGGUUGAAGAACUGGAGUCAGCUCGGCAGCGGCUGGUUGAUGAAGUGAACAAGCCACCUAGAGGAAGGAGAACGAGGACAGGCAUGGUUCCUCCCUUGGCAACUAGAGCCACACAUGCCGCAUGGCCAUCGGACACUGUUCCAGAGCCCGUGCACUCUAGCAGAAUAGUGGAUACUGAACCUUCUCGUUCAGACCAAGGUGUUCACAUGUUCCAUAGGGGAAAUGAAGCAGUCACUGCUCCAGUUAGUGAUGCAUUUACUACCCCAGUCAGCAGAACAAAUGCGAAUUCUGAGCUAUCUACUAAUUUUGUUUCAAAUGUUGAGGAGGUUCAUUUACAUUCCGUUCCCAGUAGUAGAUCUAGAACUGUGUCUACCAUUAUGUCCAAUUCAAUAGAGGAUACCAAUACGGUCAAUUCGAUAGAAGGCACCAAUAUGGUCAAUUCCGUAGAGGACACCGAUAUGGUUGAUAUUGAGCAUCCACUCAUUUUAUCUGGUGAUAGGAAAAUGCCUUUCACUUACUUGGCUAGUUUGUCGGCUAAGUGGGCAUCAGGGAAGGAAAAAUCUCCAUCAGUUCGUGGAAAAAUCAAGUGCUUUUUGACUGGUGUAAAAGGAUUUCAAUUCAGGCAAAGGACAACAUACGAUCUACAUGCUUAUGUUGAUGACGGCAGCCUCAUUUCUGAGGUCCUCAUUGAUCACGAGGCUGUACAGCAAGCGAUUGGCCAUUCUCCCAAGGAUGUAACAGAUGCUCUUGGUUCUUCUGAUGUCAAAGUAGUGAGUGGCAUGAAGGAGGCUUUGAGACAGUUUCAAAUUUUCUUGGUAAAUUUUGAGGGUACAAUGCUGGUUGAGAUGAAUAGAACGUCUUCUCUGCCAGUUGUCCUUGAGAUGGAGGAGGGUUGUCUGGAAUCUGAUGCUUGGCUGCUUUUGAGAAGACUCGAAUGUUCGAAUGCUGUUCAAACCAAUGAGCAUGCCCGUAUAGACCCUAUAGAUGUGUCCCCUUAAUUGAAGGCGAGAAGAAAAAGGGGUCUUGAGGCCAACGGCGUUGAAACUCAUAUAUAUCGCAGCCUAUAUCUUGGACUGGGGAUUAAGGCAGUAAAGCUUCCCUCGAGCUGACAGAAUCUUGUUGACAGUGACAAAUGAACAGAGCUUGAUGGGCCGCAGAUUCACAUGAAAUCCUAUGCGAUGCGGUCCGGUUGGAUAUAAUUGCAAGCGGAAUCAAUGGUCUUAUAUAUAGGUCGUCAUCAGCACAGCAUGGUGGAACGAAGUCAUUAUUUUUCCUCGAAGCUUUACUCGGCCCAGUGGUCAGAGGAGAGCCUAAACUGAUCAAGAUUGGUAUUCUUGUUGUGGUGGUGUUCAUUUUGAUCUAACCUAUCAGGUUACCCAUGGCAAGGAGAGAAUUGAUAGGCAAUCAACCCAUGUCGACAGGUGAGCCGUGGCAGAGCUUGUAGAGAAUGCUACAAACGCUACUACAACCAGCACGGCGACAUUUGAUAUCUAUCGAUUCCUUCUGAUGCUUGUCUAUUCUGUGUACAUGCUCAAUAGAAAUUGAAGUUAUGAAACAUACGAUUUUCCUGUGAUUGGCACAACAUAUGCUUCUAAUAAGUUCUGUUAGUCAGUCGAUUCUAAAUAAAAAAACAUUCAUUUGGCUUAUGAUUA